AUGGGUUUGACGCAGCGGAUCUCGAAAUGGCUGCCCUCUUCGCCGAGUCUCCCUGUGGAUGACGUAUCGCGCGAAAAGGGCCGCAACAUUUCCAGAUUCGCGUUUUUUAAGAGGAGGAUACGAUUGAAGGGCAAUUCGUCGAUUUCUAUACCCUUGGGGUUUGUUUUACUAUUUCCAUGCCUUGUAAUAGUUCUGGUUCUGCUUCUUUUUGUCCGCCAUCCUUCCUCUCCCGGAGGUAUUCUAAUUCCAGCUGGCACACCACCAUCUAUAAGAAAAAUCAGUGAAAAACAUGAUAAGGUCUUCGCUUCAGGCUGUCUGCAAGUUGAAAACGAACAGAAGGGCCCACGUGCGAAUGCCGCAUUUGUCGUCCUCGCUAGAAACAAGGAGUUAGAGGGUGUCAUCCAGUCACUCAAGUCGAUUGAGAGGCACUUCAACCGAUGGUUUCACUAUCCUUACGUAUUCCUGAACGAUGGCGAUUUCGAUGAUACUUUCAAGGAUACCGUAAAGAAUUACACUAGCGCUCCUGUGGAAUUUGGCAAGAUCGAUGAUAGCAUGUGGGGUUACCCUAAGUGGGUUGACCAUGAAGUAGCUAAGGAAGGCAUCAGAAAGCAGGGAGAUGCCGCUAUCAUGUAUGGAGGAAUGGAGAGCUACCAUCAUAUGUGCAGAUUCUAUUCUGGGUUCUUUUAUAAGCAUCCUCUCCUUAUGAAGUAUGAAUGGUACUGGCGUCUGGAGCCAGAGAUCAGUUAUUUUUGCGACAUCACUUACGACCCUUUCGUCAAGAUGGCGGAAGCGAACAAAACAUAUGGUUUUACAAUUGCAGUUAAAGAACUGCGUGAAACGGUUCCCAACAUCUUCCGCUAUGCCUCCGCUUAUAAGCGGAAGAACAAUUUCGAGUCAAAGGGACUUUGGGAGAUGUUCCUUGAGAGGCCUCCUGAGGAAGAGCAACCCAAACCGGAGGAAGGGAAACAUGAUAAGCUCCCUGAGGAGAUCCUACAGAAUGAGCCUGGAGAAAACACGGUUCCCGAUGUUGACCCUGAGGCCAUGGAAGGCGAGAAGUACAACAUGUGCCAUUUCUGGAGUAACUUUGAAAUUGCCCGCUUGGACUGGUUCCGCAGUAAGGAAUAUGAAGAAUUCUUUGAAAUGAUGGAUAGGAGCGGUGGCUUCUGGAUGGAAAGAUGGGGUGACGCGCCUAUUCACUCGCUAGCCGCAGGUGUUCUUCUAUCGCCCAGCGAUAUCCACUACUUCCGUGAUUUUGGCUACCGGCAUACAACCAUCCAACACUGUCCUGCUAACGCUCCUGCCCGGCAACUACCACGAAUCCCGUGGCUAGAGAUGACCACCGAAGAUGAGAAAGAACGGUUCGAAGAGGAUGAGUACUGGGCAAAUGCCGAUCCCGUCAAAGAGAAUGGUGUCGGUUGCAGGUGCAGGUGUGACACAGACAUCGUGGAUGUUGAAGGCAAACAAGGCAGCUGUCUCGCCGAGUGGGUAGAAGUUGCAGGAGGUUGGGCUUCUCCCUAG